AUGUCGCGUUCUCCAAUGGACGACUAUGUGGAGAGGAUGCGAUCCAUGGUGCGUCAGAACCGAGGUGGAUUUCCUGGUGGUCGCCCUCCUCGUGGUGCGGGUAUGGCAGCAGCAGCUGUCGGCUUAAUUGGUGGUGGUAUUUUUAUACUACAGAACUCCCUAUUCAACGUCGACGGUGGUCAUCGAGCUAUCAAGUACCGGAGAAUAAGUGGUGUUAGCAAGGAAAUCUAUACUGAAGGAACUCAUAUUAUGAUCCCUUGGUUCGAGACUCCGAUAACUUAUGACGUACGAGCGAAACCGAGAAAUGUUUCGUCUCUUACCGGCACCAAGGAUUUGCAGAUGGUCAACAUUACUUGUCGUGUGCUCUCCCGACCUAGCAUCGAGGCGCUCCCGCAGAUUUACAGGACGCUCGGACAGGAUUACGAUGAGCGAGUUCUGCCUUCUAUCGUGAAUGAGGUUCUAAAGAGCGUGGUAGCACAGUUCAAUGCUAGCCAGCUGAUCACGCAACGAGAGAACGUUGCUAGGCUAGUUCGAGACAACCUGUCGAGGCGAGCUGCACGAUUCAACAUCUUAUUAGAUGACGUUUCUCUUACGCACCUUGCCUUCUCCCCGGAGUUCACUGCUGCGGUUGAAGCAAAGCAGGUAGCGCAGCAGGAGGCCCAGAGAGCGGCCUUCGUCGUCGACAAGGCGAGACAAGAGAAGCAGGCUAUGGUCGUUAAGGCGCAGGGUGAGGCACGAUCAGCAGAGCUUAUCGGAGAGGCGAUCAAGAAGAGCAAGGCGUAUGUCGAGUUGAAGAAGAUCGAAAACGCAAGAGUCAUUGCCGCCCAAUUGCAAGAAGCAGGUGGCAGAAACAGACUGCUACUCGACUCAGAAGGUCUUGGCCUAAAUGUGUUUAGCGACGACCGUAACAGCAAGCAGUACAACAUCCUCAAAACCACUUACUUCCAAACCCCCAGGUUGUUAUCCUCCAACACCGCCCAAGAUGAUGAUCAAGUACGUCGCCCUUCUCUUAUUCGAACCCGCGCCCGUGAGAUCGGACGGACAGACGGAGCUAACAGACGGCGCAGAGUGAGAACCCUUACGGGCAAGCUGAUCUCGCUCGAUGUCGAGCCUACUUCCAAGAUCGAGGAUGUCAAGAAGAAGGUCGAGGAGAAGGAGGGAAUCACACCCGAUCAGCAGCGACUUAUCUACGGCGGAAAGCAACUGCACGACCAGUUGACCAUGACGGAAGCCGCCAUCGUUCCCGACGCAACUCUGCACUUAGUCCUGACCCUGCGUGGCGGCUGCUGCUGCUAG